AUGUCGAUUCUCAUCACCGGCGCAGGAGGCUACGUUGGCCAAGAAUUGGCCGCUGGUCUUCUUGCAACCACCCCAGACUCGACCACCGUGACCAUCACCGAUGUUGUUGAGCCAGAAGUCCCCGAAUCCGCGACACAAUACGCUAACCGCCUGACUUGUGUUCGCGCCGACCUGACCUCAACGAAAGAGGUGGACGAAUUGAUCAAUGCCUCCCGUCCCUACGAGACCGUUUAUAUCUUGCAUGGAAUCAUGUCCAGUGGCUCCGAGGCAAACUUCGAGCUGGGCAUUCGAGUCAAUCUCGACUCGACACGAUACAUUCUGGACCGUCUACGCGUGACAAUGCCCGGCGUCAAGGUGGUCUUCACAUCUUCAUUGGCAGUCUAUGGCUUAGCACCCCCAGGCUUUAUUAUUGACGAGACAAACUUCCCGCCUGUACCUUCGUCAUCCUACGGAUCACAGAAGCUCAUUAUCGAGACCCUGGUGACGGACUAUUCUCGCCGCGGAUUCAUUGACGGACGCAGUGUGCGACUUCCCACUGUGACUGUUCGAGCUGGAAAGCCUACGCAGGCUGCCAGCAGCUUCGCCAGCGACAUCAUUCGGGAGCCUUUCCAUGGCAAGAAGGUUAUCCUUCCAGUGGGCAAGGAGACCGAGAUGUGGAUUUGCUCGCCACACACGAUUAUCAAGAACUUGAUCCACGCGCGUACUGUGCCUAAGGAGGCAUUUGGCGACUCGCGGUCUGUGAAUCUGCCUGGGUUGAAGGUUAGCGUGCAGGAAAUGCUGGAUGCAUUGGAGGCAAUUGGUGGUAAAGAGCGACGGGCGCUCGUUGAGGAGAAGUACGAUGCUGCCACGGACAAGAUCGUGCAGUCGUGGACCCCUCAAUUCUCCACUGAUCACGCAUUCCAGCUUGGAUUCCAUGCGGAUAUUUCUAUGACGGAGAAUAUUAAGCACUUUGCUAGUAAAUUUGUAUGA